AUGUCGGCUCUGGCGGGGACAGGGACCUACUCCCCGGCGGCGCCCGCAGGGGACAAACGGCGGGAGAGGAAGGAGGAGCUGCGGCGCCACCUCGUCGAGGACGCCGACUGGCCCCGGGCCGACGGCCGCUCCUUCCACGACUGCCGACCAGCGUUUAUGCAGACAGGACCAACUACUGCUGCAUCAGGUUCUGCUUAUGCGGAAUUUGGGAAGACAAAGGUCAUUGUAUCGGUGUUUGGACCAAGGGAAAGUAAGAAAGCAAUGAUGUACAGUGAUGUUGGUAGGCUCAAUUGCAAUGUGAGCUAUACAACAUUUGCCACUCCAGUGCGUGGACAGGGAGCAGACAACAAAGAGUACUCAUCGAUGCUUCAUAAAGCUUUGGAAGGCGCAGUAAUGCUACACACUUUUCCAAAGACCACUGUUGAUGUUUUUGCCUUGGUUCUUGAGUCUGGUGGCAGUGAUCUUCCCAUCAUUAUAUCAUGCGCAAGUCUUGCACUGGCAGAUGCUGGAAUCAUGAUGUAUGACCUUGUUACAUCCGUAUCCGUGUCCUGUUUUGGAAAGAACAUCAUCAUCGAUCCAACCUCGGAUGAGGAAGCAUGGCAAGAUGGAAGCCUUGUGGUGGCUUUCAUGCCAGCCCGCAAGGAGAUCACACAACUCACGCUCAACGGAGAGUGGAGUGAUGGCAGAAUAACCAAUGCAGUAGAGCUCUGUAUGGAUGCUUGCACCAGGCGCAAGCCGUUCCCCCAUACCGCGCGUGAGGUAUUUAAGCCCCUCACUCCCCCAGUCCUCUCGUGCCAUCGCCAUUCACCUCCAGCUCUCCAAGCCCCGGAACCUUAUCACCAAAUCCUCAUCUCAUCCCGAGCGUCAUGGCGGCCGCGCUCUUCUCCACCUCUCUCUCACCCCGCUUCAUCGCCCUAUCCUCCCCCCGAGCCGGCUGCGCCCGCGGCCUCAGCUUUCCUCCCCUUCAGGCCGCCGCUGCGCGCUGUGUCAGCGCCGGGGAGGCGUGUCUUCGAGCCCGUGGCCGUCGCGGUGUCGUCAGAGUACGAGACCGAGGGCGCGGAGCAGGAGGAGGAGGGAGCGGAGGAGUUCUCCGAAGACCUCAAGCUGUUCGUCGGCAACCUGCCGUUCAGCGUCGACAGCGCGCAGCUCGCCGGGCUCUUCGAGCAGGCCGGCUCCGUCGAGAUGGUCGAGGUUGUAUAUGAUAGAAUGACUGGACGGAGCCGUGGAUUUGGAUUCGUGACAAUGUCUUCAGCUGAAGAAGCCGGAGCUGCUGUCGAGCAAUUCAACGGUUAUACAUUUCAAGGAAGACCACUGAGGGUGAACUGUGGACCGCCGCCGCCUAGAGACGAAUUCACACCAAGAGCGCCAAGGGGUGGUAGUGGAGGUGGUGGUAGCUUUGUCGAUUCAGGGAACAAGGUCUACGUGGGGAACCUUGCAUGGGGCGUUGACAACUCAACUCUUGAGAACCUAUUCAGUGAGCAAGGGCAGGUGCUUGAUGCUAAGGUCAUAUACGACAGGGAGAGUGGCAGAUCAAGGGGGUUUGGUUUCGUCACCUAUGGCACCGUCGAGGAGGUCAACAAUGCCAUAUCGAACCUUGAUGGCAUCGACUUGGAUGGUAGACAGAUCCGAGUCACGGUUGCAGAAUCAAAGCCGAGGCGUCAAUUUUGA